AUGUCUCACAACGAUCGGAGUGGAAGUCAAGACGUUUCUUCGCUGGAUUUGAGUGCUGCCAACGACGGAACUGUUGAAGAAAGUCCCGACUCCACCAGCAAGGCCAAUGUCACCGUUCAGGAUAUAGUACCGCAGCAAGAGCGGCCCACCUCAAGGGAUGAGCUUGACCAUCUUUUCAGAGCCGAGGAGGACUAUGACCAGCCAACAACGACCCGGAAAGAAUUAUGGUCUUACUACCUGUAUUAUAAUGGUGAUAAUGGAGUUGGUCCUGGCUCUUAUUCUCAAGCACUGUUUCAAUGGGCCCUGACCGGUGCGGGCUGGCAGCCAGGGACGGUACCGCAUGAACCUUGCACAGCGUCAUCUGCGUGUGUGGUUCCUUGGGCCGGCGGCACUCGCUCCGUCUCGUCAGUCGUCCUCAUCGCCAAUGGGCUUUGUUUUACUUGUAUGACGGUGAUCUUUGUUUGGUUGGGUAGUGCUGCAGAUUAUGGCUCCUUUGGCCGCUGGCUACUCUUAGUCCUCACCGUGGUCUGUUGGACUUUGCAGUAUGGUAUGAUGGCAAUCAAGCAUCCCAGUCAAUGGCCUGCAGCGAUGGGCAUGUAUGUGGUCGCAUAUGUUGCUUAUGGUGCGACAUUGGUAUUCUAUGCAGCAGUUUUCCCUCGGCUUGCGCGCUUUAUGCCCCACGUCCGCAAGGCCCGUGAAGAAGAUUUGCGCGAAGACAAAAUCACCUUGGAGGACAACGUGUCCACUGCGCACAGUAAUAUUGGUUAUCUCUUCACACUUGCGCUCAAUCUGAGCGUUUUGCUGCCGCUCCAGGGAAACGACUAUUCAAACAAUCUUGCUUUGUGUCUGACAAACUCCUACUGGGUCGUCCUAGGCGUGUGGUGGUUUAUUUUCCAGCAGAAGCGGCCUGGUCCACAAGUCCCAGAGGGCUCUAGUUAUGCAACGAUUGGCUUCAAGCAGUUAUGGGUAGCACUCCGAGAGGUUCGGUCACUGCCGCAGACGUUUCUCUACUUUGUUGCGUACUUUUUGCUGGCUGAUGGGCUGAACACGACGGGGACACUCGUUGGCAUAAUCCAGAACAACGAGGUAUCCUUUUCGUUCCUCCAACUGACAUAUCUCGGAAUCGCUCAAGCGGUAACCUCAACUAUCUCGACCUUCGGAUUCUGGUAUAUCCAGAAAUACUUCAAGAUAAGCACUAAGCGAAUGUUUCUCGUUACAAACUUCUUCAGUGUGUUCAUCCCUUUCUGGGGUAUGUUAGGUUUGUGGACAACACGCAUCGGAUAUCAUCAUCGUUGGGAAUUCUACUUCUACAACGUUGUUUUUGGUCUCUUUCAGGCUCCAUACUAUGCCUACGCCCAAACUAUGAUCAGCGAACUCAUGCCCCAAGGAUACGAUAACAUGUUUUUCGCUCUAUUCGGCAUCACCAACCGUGCCUCCUCGAUAAUCGGCCCGAAUGUCAUCCAAGCCAUCAUCAAUGAUACACAGAACAAUUGGAUGGGGUUUCCAUUUCUCUUUGCCAUUUGUACUGCUGCCAUGAUUAUGAUUAGUUUUGUGGAUGUGGAGAAAGGUCGUCAGGACGGACGAAAAUUUGUGCAGAAGAAAAAGCUGCCUUCGCGAGAUGAGGCUUAA